UAUACGAUUUGUUCUUUCUCAGCCACCGUAGGCUACGUCAGAAGUAAAUACUGUCAGCGAAGCUAAAGCUAGCUAAUUGUAGAGACAACAUGGCAUUUACUUUGUACUCUCUCAUUCAAGCAGCAGUACUUUGUGUCAAUGCUGUCGCUGUGUUGCACGAAGAAAGAUUUCUCAGUAAAAUUGGCUGGCGAGUGGACCACAGUAUCGGAGGAUUUGGUGAUGAACCAGGCAUCAAAGUGCAGCUAAUGAACCUUAUCCGCUCCGUGAGGACAGUCAUGAGAGUGCCGUUGAUAGGAGUAAAUUCAGUCUGCAUCGUGCUGCUGCUUCUGUUUGGCUGAAGAGGAGCGAGUGGAAAUGGGGGGAUCCAGUCUACUGUCAGGACAGCAUCUCCUCAGGAACCCUUCUGAACAAAUAUCAGAUCUUUUUGUGGCACAGAAGGUCUCCUGUCAGCCUGAUUGUGUGUUGUUAUUCAAUUCAUUGACUGUUUUUACAACACAGUAAUUCAAAAUAAGUACAUGCAGCUCUUUAGAAAGAUUAAUGAUAUAAUAAAUAGUUGACAUCUGACUUUUUUUUUUGCAAAAAUAUAAAUAAGAAAAACUAGUGUUUUUAUUAUUAUUAUAAUUUUCAGAAAACCAGAACACGAACUCAACUGCUGUCACGGAGUUGACAGUAAAAUGUUUGUACACAUUUAAAUCUAUUCUUCAGUAUGUGGUAUUGUUGUAAAACUUCUCGAAAAUAAAACGUUGUAUAAACACUUCACUUAGGUGCAACAAGACUGAUCUCAUGAAAUAAGCAAUUGUUGCUAUUGUUGUUCCGCACUCCAGCCCAGCAGGUGGCGAUAAUGCACCUUAAGCUGUCUUGCAAACCGCCAAUAAACAAGAUGAAGACGC